AUGAAUAGCAGAGUACGCACUAAUCUUCAGAGCAUGAAAGCUGCUCUAAAUAAUGAUAAAAGGGAGAAGAAGAUGGAGACUCAGAAGAACAGAAUAAUGGGUACAGAGAGAACGUCAAUCAAUCGGCGUAGAUCAAACAGAGAAAGAAAAAUGGCCUUGCUACAAGAUGUUGAUAAACUGAAGAAGAAGCUCAGACAUGAAGAAAAUGUCCACAGAGCAUUGGAAAGGGCUUUUACAAGACCAUUAGGAGCUUUACCUCGUCUUCCUCCUUAUCUCCCUCCACAUACAUUAGAACUUCUGGCUGAAGUAGCUGUUUUAGAAGAGGAGGUUGUUCGGCUUGAAGAACAGGUUGUUAAUUUUAGACAAGGUCUUUAUCAGCAAGCUGUCUAUCUAUCCACCAAGAGGAAUGUGGAAACUUUGAAUGAUUCAAGUGAGCAGACCCCAAUUAGAAGUGCUAAACAUCAGAGAUCAAAAUCUUUGUCACAUAAUGAGUUCAUAUCAGCAACAUCAGCCUCCAGGCUUCAACCUUCUCUUUCUCGAAGUGUUUCUAGCAGAAGGCUACUGUCUACUGAUAUUGUCUCUGAUCGAACGACCGGGAAUUGUUCUAGUAGGCAAGUCAGUGGAAAACAAAUUCCCAGGAAACCCAAUUGUUUGUCACCUCUUUCAGAAGAUGGGAAAGGAAAAGAAAAUCGAUUGUGUUCUAAUGCGGCUAGGGAUAAGCAAUCUCCCGACAAGAAAACUACCAAAGCUGUAACCCCAGUGAAAAAGCUUCCCAGCAAACAUGAAUCCAUGGUCAAGUGUUUGGACCCUUUGAAGUUAGAGCUAGAGUGCAGAUUAGUAGACCAGGAAAGAGCACAUGAGAGUUCAUCUGGUUCUUCAGAUGAUAAGGUAUCGGAAGCCGAUAACACUCCUAAUAAGUGUCAGAGGAUAUUGUAA